AUGUCACCAGCAAUAAAUCCUCAGAGUCCGCUGAUUCUAACGUUAAGACUGGAUCAGGCGACACAUAAGCUACUCACCGAUCUGCGGUCGAAAUACUUUCCCCCACAUAGGAAUUUCCUUACUGCUCAUGUUACACUAUUCCACGCUAUCCCCGUCCAUCGAUUCGCCGAAUUAGAUUCUAAGCUGAAGACUAUAUGUAACGAAAGGAAAGGAUGGGAUGUAUUCAUUGGAGAACCUGAGAAGAUGGGAAAUCGCGGUGUAUACCUUAGAUUGAGAGAAAGACCUUCAAGUACAACAGAAGGACUUCGGGCUCAGCUUUUAGCAGAUCUCAAGAGGGGGAUUAAAGAGGAUAAGGAUAAGCUGACCAAUCAGGAUUUACAAACUAUGAAAAGGCCUCACGUCACUGUUCUUAACAAAGCGAACGGAGAUGAAGAAGUGGAAAAGUGCUUAGCAGAGGUGAAAGAGGUGUUUGAAAAGAUGAAAAAGGAUGGUCAGAAAGAAGGACAACAUAUAGGCAGAGCUACUGGUUUUGAGCUAUGGGAAUAUCUUGGUGGACCAUGGAAGCAUCUAAAGGCAUAUUCGUUUCAAGGGGAAGAGUUGGAAGGGAAUGAUAAUGUUUGA